UGUGAGUUUGACCAGCAACCGCAACCGACAACUCCUCCUUGACAAGGGUAUCUUGUGUCCAAACAUGUUCUUGCUUCUGAUCCUAGUCUCACUCUUCCUUGGUUCUCAGCAAACUUAUUCUUCAACUUCCUCUUCAAGUCUAGAGUCUACAGGUUUCUUUUUCCCUUCUUUCAACCCUGACUCUUGCACCGGUAAAGAGCUCAUUUGCAUGGGCUCGGCAACCUCGCAAGAUGGGUAUUUGAACAUUACGCCGGACAUGGGUAAUUCAAGCCUUGCACCAAUGCCGACAAACCAGAUAGGGCGGGUUCUUUAUUCCCGACCAGUGGUUGCUUGGCCUGCCAUGAUCUCCACCACGUUCACCAUCAAGAUUACGCCAUCGCCAAAUUCUAGAGUCUCUGAUGACGGGAUGGCUUUUCUUUUGCACAGGACAAUAGACCCUCUCCGCCGAACAGUUAUGGCUCAUACAUGGGGAUUCUUGAUCGGUCCACUCAAGGCGGCGUUGUCCAUCAACUGGCCGUGGAGCUGGACCCUUUCAUGAACGAGUUUGAUAUUGAUGGGAACCACGUAGGCAUAGACACAACGAACACUAUGGACCCAGUCGAUGCGAAGAGCCUAAACAACAUAGGAGUGAACCUAAAAAGUGGAAAGGACAUCAAAGUCAGAAUUGACUAUGAUGGCUAUAAUCAUGAACUCCAAAUCUCAGUGGCAUAUUCUGGGAAUUCGCUAAUAAGCGUUCUCAAUCAUUCAAUCAAAAUGUCAGAAAUUGUCCCUAGUCACGUGUACGUGGGCUUUUCAGGAGGCACUGGUGUUCUUCCUGGAAGCAGCCACAAGGUCUUUAACUGGGCAUUUAGCUCUUUUCCUUUAUCUUCGGCGGAGGAUCGGCUUAGGAGAGACAACAGGAUCCAAACCAUACUGAUUUUGGUCGUGCCAAGUGUGAUGACAGUAUUGUUCAUCAUGAUAUGUGUCUACCUUGUUAAUAGAGCACCGGGGAAGAGAGACAAGAAGGACACUGACAUAGAGAGCCAAUCGAGGGAGGCCGCGAACGUUCCAAGGAUGUUCACCUGCAAGGAGCUAGCAAAGGCCACUCGCAACUUCAGCAAGGAGAACCUGCUUGGCACCGGUGGUUUUGGAAGCGUUUACAAAGGGGUCAUCUCAGAUCCUCCGGUCGAAAUAGCUGUGAAAAAGAUCUUUGCAACCUCAAAACAAGGUUUAUUUCUUUACUUGUGUCAUGUCCUUUAGCACUCUUUUUUUGAACAUGGUCUUGUAGAUAAGAUCUAAACAUCACAGAAACAUAGUGUUGGAGCAAUUUUAUAAUUGACGUGAAUAAAGUAGAAGAGAGAAAUUCCAUAUAUUUAUAAUGUAUCUAGAAAAAGUGUCCGUGGAGCUUAAUUAUAGGCUUGAAUAGACGACAACCUGGGGAAAUCAGAUCGGAUAUGUAUAAUUAUAAUAAUUAAAGAAAAUACUUUAAAUAUCUCCAGAAAAUACCUAAAUAUCUUUAAUACUCCCCCCUCAAACUAGAGCAUAGAUAUUAAUCAGAUCCAGCUUGUUAUAAAUAUAUUCUAUCCUCCCAUGAUUCGGAGGUUUAGUAAAUAUGUUUGCAAGUUGUUCACCAAUCGUAAUGUGAUUUGGAAGGAUCACUCCACUCUAUAGCUUCUCUUGUAUAAAAUGACAGUCGACCCUUAUGUGUUGUGUUCUCUUAUGAAAUACAAGAUUUUAGAUAUAUGUACUGCAGCCUUAUUGUCACAACACAGAGGCAUAUGAACUGAAGUUUUAAAGCCUAAUUUAGUCAAUAGCUGCUAAAUCCACACUAGGUUACAUGUUACUUAUGUCAUGACUAUAUUUUGACUCAAUACUUGAGCAAACAACAACACUCUAUUGCUUACUCGUCC